AUGUCUUUAAACAUCCUCGUUAUUGGUAACGGUGGUAGAGAACACGCUAUUGUGUGGAGAUUAGCACAGUCUUCUUCUGUCAAGAAGAUCUAUGUUGCUCCAGGUAACGGUGGUACUUUCGACUCCAAGGUCGAGAACAUCCCAUUGUCCGGCUCUCCAAAGGACUUUGAUGCAUUGCAAGCCUUUGCCGUCGAAAACAAGAUCGAUUUGGUGGUUCCAGGUCCUGAACAACCAUUGGUGGAUGGUAUCACCUCCGUUUUCACCAAGGUGGGUAUCCCAGUUUUUGGUCCUUCCGCCAAGGCCGCCUUGAUGGAAGGCUCUAAGGCACACUCCAAGAUCUUCAUGGAUAAGCAUGGUAUUCCAACCGCCCAAUUCAAAAACUUCACUUCCGUAGAAGAAGCAAAGAAGCACAUUGAACAAGUCGACUACAAGAUCGUCUUGAAGGCCGAUGGUAUUGCUGCUGGUAAGGGAGUUUUGAUCCCAGAAACAAAGGAGGAAGCUUUGCAAGGCUUGAACGAAAUCAUGGUUGACAAGAACUUCGGGGAUGCCGGUAAUGAGAUUGUUAUCGAAGAAUACUUGGAAGGUGAUGAGUUGAGUAUUUUAACCAUCACUGACGGAUACUCUUUCUUCAACUUGCCUGCUGCCCAGGACCAUAAGAGGAUUGGUGACGGUGACCAAGGCUUGAACACCGGUGGCAUGGGUGCCUACGCUCCUGCUCCUAUUGCCACUCCCGAUGUCUUGAAGAAAAUUGACGAGCAAAUCAUAAAGCCAACCAUUGAUGGUAUGAGAAAAGAUGGUACCCCAAUGUGUGGUGUUUUAUUCACUGGUAUUAUGUUAUCUCCAACCAAAGAACCAAAGGUUUUGGAAUACAAUGUCAGAUUUGGUGACCCAGAAACGCAGACUGUGUUGCCUUUGUUGACCGACGACACAGAUUUAGCACAGGUCAUGUUGGCAUGUGCUGAGCACAGAUUGGACUCGGUGAACAUCGACACCAAGCCAUUGUUCAGUACCACUGUGGUCAUGGCUGCCGGUGGAUACCCAGAAGCUUACGGAAAGGGUGAUGAAAUAACUAUCAAAUCCGACUUGCCAGCAGACACUUUCAUCUUCCACGCUGGUACCAGUGCUAAGGAUGGCAAGGUCCUUACUGCGGGAGGACGAGUCAUUGCCUCCACUGCAAUUGCUGCAACCUUGAGAGAAUCCGUUGACAAGGCAUACGUUGGUGUUGACCACGUGCAAUUUGAAAAGAAGUACAACCGUAAAGACAUUGCUCACAGAGCCUUCCGUGAUGCUGAUAAGAAGGCUAGCGGUGUUACCUAUGCCGAAGCUGGUGUUUCCGUCGAUAACGGAAACUUGUUGGUCGAACAAAUCAAGGCCAAGGUUAAAUCUACUGCCAGACCAGGUGCCGAUUCAGACAUUGGUGGUUUCGGUGGUUUGUUUGAUUUGAAGAAGGGUGGUUACUCUGGUGACGACACCUUAUUGGUUGCUGCAACUGAUGGUGUUGGUACCAAGUUGAGAGUCGCUCAAAUCAUGGAUAUCCAUGAUACCGUUGGUAUCGAUUUGGUUGCCAUGAACGUCAAUGAUUUGGUGGUUCAAGGUGCUGAGCCAUUGAUCUUCUUGGAUUACUUUGCUACUGGUAAGUUGGACAUUAACAUCGCUUCUAAGUUUGUCAGUGGUGUCGCAGAUGGAUGUAUCCAAGCCGGAUGUGCUUUGGUUGGUGGUGAAACCUCUGAAAUGCCGGGCAUGUAUGAUGCUGGCCACUACGAUACCAAUGGUACUGCUGUUGGUGCUGUCCACAAGGACAAGAUUUUACCAAGAAUAGAUGCUAUGGCCGCAGGUAACGUCUUAAUUGGUGUCAAGUCUGAUGGUAUUCACUCCAACGGUUUUUCAUUGGUCCGUCAUAUCAUUGAAACCUCGCAAUACGAUUACACUACAGUUGCUCCAUGGUCCAAAUCUGGAAAGACCAUCGGAGAAGAAGUAUUGGUUCCAACCAAGAUCUACGUCAAGCAAUUGUUGAAGUCGUUGCGUGAAGACUUAUUGUUGGGAUUGGCUCACAUCACUGGUGGUGGUUUAGUUGAAAACAUUCCAAGAGCAUUGCCAAAGAAUUUACAGGCCAAGAUCGAUAUCAGUGCCUGGGAAGUGCCUGAAAUCUUCAAGUGGUUCGGUAAGGAAGGUAACGUGCCUAAAGAUGAUUGGUUGAAGACUUUUAAUGUCGGUAUUGGUAUGGUUUUGAUCGUCGACCAAGCCAACGUUGACAAGGUGUUGGCCAACUUGAAGAACGAAGGCGAAGAAGCCGUUGUCAUCGGAGAAUUGGUGGACUUGGCUGCCGGAGAAGCCCAGUGUAUCGUGCAGAACACCGAAGGCUUGUAUUAA